AUGACAGAGACAACCAUCCUCUUCCUCCGGGCCUGCCUGGCGCUGCUUGCCAUGCCCAUCUACCUGCUAUCGUUCCUGGGCAUAUGGAAGCCUUUCUCUAGGAAGGUAUUUUUUCCUUUCUUCUUAGAGAAGCUUUCUGGAAUUCACGAAAAGAAAACGAAGAAGCACAAGCAGGAGCUAUUUCAUAAUCUAUCUGACUUCUCAAGCCCCUCGGGAGAGCUGAAGCUGCUGGAGAUCGGGACCGGCUAUGGUACUAACUUCCAGUUCUACCCCCCAGGCUGCAAAGUGACAUGCACGGACAUAAACCCCAACUUCCAGCAAGGCCUUUUGAGAAGCAUCAGCAAGAACCAGCAUAUCCACUACGAGGGUUUCCUAGUAGCUGCCGGAGAAGACCUGUAUCAGGUGCCCAGCGGCUCCGUGGAUGCCGUCAUCUGCACCUUCGUCCUCUGCUCAGUGCAGAACGUGAACGGCACCCUGAAGGAAGCACUGCGAGUGCUCAGACCAGGAGGUGCUUUCUAUUUCUUAGAGCACGUGGCCGCUGAUCAUGCCAGCUGGAAGUAUUUUUGGCAGCAGAUCUUCUACCCGACUUGGAAACUCGUCUUUGACGGAUGCUGCCUAACGAGAGAGAUAUGGAAGAAUCUCGAACAGGCCAAAUUCUCGGAGCUGAGCUUAAACCACAUAAGCAUAGCGCUGCCCUGGACACCCAUUCAGCCUCACGUGAUGGGGUAUGCUGUGAAGUAA